GAUCGUCGUGACCAACACCUAUCGUAUCUCUCUCAAAGGCUUUACAUCUACACUCGCAAUCUCCUUGACAUAGCUUCCAGACGGCUGUCAACGACAAGUAUGGCAGGAAUGACACCAACAUGAGCCAAUCUGGAAGUAACAACCGUAACAAAACCGAUCGACCUACCAUCUCCGCCCUCCUGCAAGAAGCCCUGGAUACCCCUCUUGAACGCUUGUCAAUCGACGAACCUCUUAUAGACCUGCCUUCAAGAGCCUAUGAUACCCCAGCUACACCACCCGUAGCCCAUAUAGACCAAUCACAGCAUCCACAUCAUCACGCUCAGCAGCAGCACGUUACAGCUCCUAUCCGACAGACCGCAGAACCAGAACAGAUCGAACCGGACGGCAUGCCAAUCGUUAGACCCGGUGGUGGGUCGAGGUCCGGCCUGAAAGGUCUUCUAAACAAGAGCAGACAGUCAAUAGCAGCUUCUGUAAACUCGGGGGCUUCCAGGACGACCAUCUCGUCUAAUCCGCCUCAGGAUGACCAACCACUUAGUGCGAAACGCAUGGGCAAGCUUCCUCUUGGGCCUGCUUCGAGGCGACUCUCUGAAGCUCAAGAGAUGAGGGAGGAAGUCAUGAACCUGCGUCACCGAUCCGGGGCUGCUCAAGAACAACCAGGAGAGACCGUUUCAAAACCAAGACGAGACUCGCUCGAUGGCGUUCGGAUAGGCGGGAAGCCCUUCUCCUCUCUCGUCAAGAAUGAACCGCGAUCGGAGAUACUACAGACCAAAGCUAGUAGUAGGCCACGGAUGAGACAUCGGUCUAGUUCGACGUCGACGUUGGAAACCCCGCCUAGGCAUCUGCAACGGACGAUAUCGUCCCUCAUAAAUCAGAAGGAUGGGAAAGGAAAGACGGGGUUGUCCCAGUACCCGCCCGACCAUAACCUGUCGAGCUCGUUACCGCGUUCAGCAUCCUUCGCAUCGCUGGCUUUUCCUAGCCACCUAUCCUUGCCGAAAACCAAACUGCCGACAUUCCCCUCGUUUCCCAACGUACCUAUGGCCGCAAUCGGGGGCGUAAGGGGGUUCUCAGCAAGUGCGCGGGACGACAAAUCCCUCUGGAAGACCUGGUGGGAAGGUUCAGGCGCUACGGCGGAAGAGAUGAAGAAGGACGAAAAGGCUCGGGAGCAUGCGCACAAGCAUAUGCUGGACGAUGCUGAUAAAGGCGGGACGCUCGAAGAGGAGAGAGAGCAUAUUCAGCAGAAAUACGAUACACCGAAAAAUCCGAUCGUUUUCUGCCAUGGUUUAUUGGGUUUCGAUUACAUCGGCCCGAAAGGUCUACCAGCUCUGCAAAUCUCGCAUUGGAGAGGGAUCUGUAACGUCUUGCAGGAGAACGGCAUCGAAUUGAUGAUCGCCAAGGUCCCAGCGACAUCUUCGGCUGCUCAGAGAGCCGAGGUCUUGUUGGCAGCGAUCGAGGAGCAAUUCCCGGGGAGAGAAGUGAAUCUGGUGGGGCAUAGCAUGGGUGGGCUGGACGGCCGAUAUCUGAUCUCCAAGUUGAAAUCAAAAAGAUCCUUCAAGGUGGCGAGCCUGACCACGAUCGCUACGCCUCAUCGUGGAUCUCCUUUUGCCGACUAUUUCAUCGACAACAUCAUCGGUCGCGAGCGAUUACCCUCGUGGCUGACUGUACUCGAUACCGUCUCCUUCGGUGCCGCUGGAGACGGGAGCGCCUUCCAAGCGUUGACGACCCGUUCCAUGGCGUUAUUCAACGAACAAGUACCGGACGAUCCGAACGUCAAGUAUUACUCGUGGGGAGCUCAUUAUCAGCCCGGGUGGUUCGACCCCCUGAGGUGGAGCCACGAUUGCAUCCAGGCGGUCGAGGGGGAUAACGACGGGUUGGUCAGUGUGGAGAGUAGCAAGUGGGGAGAGUUCAGAGGAGUCUUGAUCGGAUGUAGUCAUGUUGACACGGUCGGAUGGGUCAACCACGUCAGAUUCACCAUGGAAGCCUGGGCUGGUCGACCGAUCGCUUUCAAGCCGGCAACGUUUUACCUAGAAAUCGCAGACCAUCUUGCCAAGCAGGGCUUCUAGUUGAUUAUGGGUGGGUCUGGGUGAGGGGAGGGAACAUCGUUAUCGUGUUGCGAUAUAUGUAGAUCGCGCAACGGGUCUCGCAAUGUAUUUCACGACGUAUCAUAUGCUGCCCGCGCUGUAUAAUCUCGAUCGAGGCUUGAAAACGUGGCCAACGGACAUGGAC